AUGCGGCGCGGCCCGGCCGCGGCGCGGGGCGGCGGCGGGGAGCGGCGGGGGCAGCUGGCGGUGGUGGAUUUCGCGAGCGACGACGAGGAGGGGGCGCCGGGCGGGGGCGGCGGCGGCGGCGGCGACGGCGGGGCGGCUGAGAGGUCGGCGCUGCUAGCCAAGCUGGCGGCUUUUGACGACGAUGAUGAUGACGAGGAUAGUGACAACGGGCUGGCAAACGGCCGGCCAGCAGCGCCCGUUGCGGUAAAAGGCAAGGCGCAGCGGCAGCAGGCGGCUGCGGCUGCGGCAGCGGAGGGCGCCGCAGCGCCGUCGCGGGCAGCUGGGGCGCGGACGGACGCGGCGCAUUCAGCAGAGGCGCGGCGGUCGCAGCAGCAGCAGCAGCAGCAGCAGCAGCAGCGGUCCGCAGCUGUCCAAGCUGAUGCCGAUGACAUCAGCAUUUCCGCCGGCGAGGAGGGCGGCCAGGAUGAGGGGAGCGAGGGGGAUGUCAGCAUGGAGGCCGCGUCUUCAGAGGGCGAGGAGGCGGCUGGGGCCAGCAGCGGCAGGGUGGCCGACCCGCAGGAGGGAAGCGAGGAGGAUGAGUUUGAGGAUGGUGAGGAGGAGGAGGAGGAGGAGGAGGAGGAGGAGGAGGAGGGCGAGCGCGGCGGCGGCAGCGACGACGAGGGCGACGACGGCGCGCUCGCGGGCUUGCUGGGGCUGACGGCGCCGGGGACGCGGGGGCAGCGGGCGCGGGGGGGCGAGCGGGGCGGCCGCGGCGGCAGUGAGGAUUCUGAAGAGGAGCAGGAGGAGGAGGAGGAGGGGGAGGAGGAUGAGGAGGAUGAGGAGGAGGAUGAGGAUGAGGAGGAGGAGGAGGAGGACGGCGGAUUGGACAGUGAAAGCGCAGGUGAUGUUGAUUCGGCCGAGGCCGAUGCUGCCGCAGGGGAUGGCAGCGACGACGCCGCAGCGGUGGCGGCGACUGGCGAGGAGGAAGGGGAUGACGAGGACCGGGGGCAGGAGCAGCAGCAGAAGUUGAAACAGCAGCAGCAGUGGCAGCAGCAGCAGCAGCAGGAGCAGCAGGAGCAGCAGCAGCAGCAGCAGCAGCAGCAGCAGCAGCAGCAAGCCCGGCCGCAGCGGCAGCAGGUGCAGCUCUCGCCGCCACCCCAGCAGACCCAGCGGCAGCGGCCGCCACAACUGGCCAGCAUGGCAACGCCUGCUCCCCGUGCGGCGGCGCCGGCGCCCGCGCCUGCCACAGCUGGGGCUGAAAACGCGGCGCUAGCAGCGCACGGCGACGACCCUCUGGCGCGGUUUGGCAGCGACAGCGAGGAGGUUUUGAGGGAUGUGGACUCCGAGGAAAAUACGGCGGCAGCUGCCGCCCAGCUGCCGGGCAAGGGCCCUGGUGCUGCGGGGCGGCGCGCAGGGGACGUCUUGCUGUGCCCGCUGGUGCCGACGCCGCGCCGCGCCGCGGGCGGCGCGGGCGCAGCGCGCGGCGCGCGCCCGGGCCUGCAGCAGCAGAAGCAGCCGGCGCAGCAGCAGCAACGGCAGCGGCAGCAGCAGCAGCAGCCGGGCUCUCUGGGGCGGGAGGUGUCGGGGCAGCAGACGGGGGAAGCCCUUCCCAAGCAGCAGCAGGCGAGGGAUGAGGAGGAGGCGGUGGGUGCCGGCUCUGAGGGAAGCAGCGGCUCUGACAGUGACGCCUCGAAAGGGCGCGUGACCGCGGCGACCCCCAACGGCAGGGAGGCUGUCAGAGGCGGCGGCGGUGGCGGCGCGGAGGGCCCGUCGCCCGGCGGCAGCGGUCGCAGCGGCGGCGGCGGCGGCGGCGGCAAGGAGCGGGCCAAGCCUGCGCCGGCCGCGGCGCAGCCCUCGCAGGCGGCGCAGCCGGCUCGAGAUCGGCGCAAGGCGGCCUCGCGCCAGGGGCCGGCCGCCCAGCAGGGGGCAACGCCCACAGCGACAGCUGUGGCUAAGCGGCGGGUGUCCACGCCCAGGGCGGCCGCUGGCGUCGGCGCCGCGCCGCCUGCCUUGCAGCUGGCCGCCUCCUUCAUGCGGCAGGGCAGCGAUGCGGAGGUGCGGGCGGAGUGGGCGGCGCGGCGCGAGGCGCUGGCUGCGCAGUUCAAGACGGGCAAGAAGCGGGCGGCGGCCGCGCAGCAGGGGGGGAAGUCGCCAGGGGGGAAGCUGCAGCGGCGGCGGUGA